UGAAGGUAGCAAAUUCGGCUAAAUAUUCCCAGAGGGGGGUCUCUGGGCGGAGUGUCCGUUGCGCCCCUAGAAAUGGGACUGUUUAUUAAAAAAUAAAAAUUUUAUUUAAUUGUUCGACCAAGUGUAAAUAAAAUUGUUUUCACUCGGAAGUGAUAAAGAAAAACUAUUUCGAGUAUUCAAUUCAUUUUUACCCAUAAUAUUAAUAUAUUCGUCACUCCAAUUCUGCAAAAGUGGUUUUCACACAGUAUAUUAAGUAAUACAAAUUUGUUUUAGAAAACUGAAAAUCUAUGAAGAACAAGAACUUACAAUGCAAGUGUUCAAUGAGCCGGAUCAAGCUGCAAUGGAAAGGAGAAAUAGUAGUGAUUAUGUCUUAGAUGACAACACUUACGCAACCAUUCAACAUCCAAACAGAAGGGGAUCGGCUCAUACUGCAACCUUGUCAUUGGGAGAUGACAUUGCAGAUUACGCCACAUUAUCACGAAUACCUCGCCAUUCGACUAGUUCACAGGGUUCCCUUAAGGACACAGUAAAUUACUACGAAGCCGCAAUGGGUUUUCAAGGCUCCACGUUUCAAGUCCCCGAUUCUUCUUUGGGGGACAUUGAAUCAGAGGAAUGUAGAUCGCAUCGUCAUGAUUCACAAAUGAGUGUGAAUAACGAGGGACAAUUAGAAUAUGUAGCCGAACUAAUAUAGAUUUAAAUUCGGAAAUUUUGGUACUUGGCCAUAUAUGUAAGAUAUUUAUUUUGUUAUAUAAUUUAAUAGUAAAUUAAUGUUUAGUACCUAGUAUUAUACAUAAUAGUACAUUUUAAGCUGAUUAUUUCAAUUUAAGUGGCGUGAUAUUUGAUUAAUGCACAUUCUUUUUUAGUUGAUUUCUCUUGAAAAAUUUUGGUUUUGUACGCUCCUUUUCCAUCGUUACAAAUUUAUUUAAUACAUGGUAUAGUUUUUAGUACUUACAUGAUUUUGUGUCAAUUGCUGAUAAUUGAUUUGUAAUAUAACAUAAUAAACACAAUCUAGUCAUACAGUUGUAACUUGCAUACUCUAUAUAUUAAGUAAAGUUAUUCUAUUUUUAAUACGCAUUUGCUGUGACCUGGAAUUAGAGACCGCAUUGCAAUAGGCACUAGGAAUUAAAUUGGUACUUUUAGGCAACACGUUUAUUGUCGCUGAUGCUUCCAUAGGCACUUAUUAUUUUGCUAAUCUGCAGGUAGACGUGUAUCGAUAUGUGAACGGGUGAGUUGGUCAAAUGGAAAAACUUCGAUGUUGAACUAUUUAUGGAGGAACUAGAAAAACGAUUGGCAUUGUGACUACUUUUUAAUUAUC